AUGCCAUCUGGAAUUUGCCGUCAAAACGCGUUUUUUGAGGAUGAUUUCCCCGUUGCAGAAGAGGAAGCACGAACCUUUCGAGAAUAUCAUGAAAGGAUGUCCCGACAAGAAUCAUAUUCAAGAGACAAGGCAAAAUUAUUUUGCGCGAGAGGUGUCCUUCUGGUUUUACCUGAUUUAUCAAAUCUUGAUCAAUUUUUGGAAUUGGAAUUAUUAUCAUUUAAAAUGUUUUAUGAAAUCAUCUGGAUCCCUUUUCUCCUUGAUGUCAUCGUUGAAGAUUGGUUAUCAAGAGGUCGUGAAUUUCUGAUUGAAAGAAUGGCAAUUUUCAAUUAA